CGGCAGUUCAAGCAGCGCAGCUUCGACGAGGCGGGCGGUGGAGGUGGUCGCUCGGUCGCGCACAGCCGGAGUGGGCACAGCGAGGGGGGUGCGCCGCAGCCGUCAGACCCGAUCCCAGCUCCUCCUCCUCCUCCCGGGGGCGCUCUUUCCUCUCGGGGGGAGCCUUGGCCAAAGGCGCGCCCGGGGCUCCUGCCCAGCGCCCGCCCUUCCGUCCUGGGAUUAUUGUUACUUCGGAGCCGUCUUCGGGUGUGACUCGCCUCGCUCCGCAGCAGCCAUGGGGAGCCACAGCUCGAAAGCCGCCAAGGGGGACGUGAUGGCCCAGGAUGCCGCCGCCGCCGCCGCCGCGGACGCCUCGCCCUCCAAGGCCAACGGCCAGGUGGGUCUCCUUCCUCGCCCCUGCGCUGGAUCCUCAGCUUACGCGCCCUGGACGGGGCCAACAGCCUCCUUAGAGAUUCCGCCCCCCCCUCGCGCCAUGCCAUUGUCUAGGCUGAAACUCGGGGGAGGGGGAAGAGAUAGUCACACUCGAUCUCUUCCCUGCGCCCCCCACUCCCCAAUCGCACCGAUCCGGAUUUUGGGCUUCGAACGAACGGCCGCCCGCGCCACGUUCUCGUGGACGCUUUUAUUUUCGCGCUGGCUGCCGUGCGCUUUCCCCGGACGCGCGUUUUGAAUUUCCGAGCAGCUUUUAACUCGUUGAACCGCCACGCUCUUUGAAUGGGCUGUUGCGACCGCCUCGCUUAAAAGGAGAUUUUUUUAAAAAAUUCUAGCUCUGUUUUGAUCCGCGCAGCAGCGCCCCUCUUUACGCUUUCUCCCGCGCCCCCCCCCAAUCCGUUGGAGACAGUGGCGCCGUGGUCCGCCUUUGUUUGGCGCUCCCUCCUCGGCGAAAGGAGCGGAGACCCUCCCCUCCUCCCUCCUUCGCUCGCUCGCUCGGCUGCGGCUGGGCUGUUUGCAGAGGAAACAAAGGAAGGACCCGGCUGGCUCGACCCGCGGCAGGGGGAGGGGAGGGGGCUGCGCUGUGCCGCGCCGCAUAACUCGGAUCGAGGGGCAGAAAAAUCCUCGCCGAUGAGGGGCUUCAUUUUGUGGCAGGGGUUGGGUGAAGAGCAGAGAAGAUCGCUUGCUUAAUAUAUGGUGCUUAGCACGUGCCCUAUUUGGGGGGGGGGUGUAAAAAAAAAGCCGUGAAUCUUUAUGCAUUUUGCAAAGCAAAGCGGUUGCUAGCCUUUUUUGCAUUUUGCAAAAUAAAGGCCGGACUCGGGUGCACAUAGACGUGCUCGCGCGCUCUUAGUGCAAAGCUGAGAUCUGGAAAAAGGCGUCGCCGCCCCACCUUUGGACUCGGGUGGGACCCAGAUUUUGGAGUAGAACGUGCACAGAGGAGCCUUUUUGUACGAGGGGGUAGGAACUGCUCUGUGCAAUCGUGGGGCGCGGGCGAGCCUCGAAAUGGGCUUCGCCGACGCGCCCCUCGGUCUCUCCCCAAACACCGUCAGAGGGAGAAAUCCAAGGGGCUUUUUAUAACAUCAUGCCUGGAAAGCAAAACUGCAACGGGCCAAUUUCCCGAAUGGGGUGGGAAUUCCCGAUUUGUAGUCCGCCCGCCGCCCUGAGCGCGUUUGGCUGCCUUCGUCGAGGCGAGCUUCCCGCGGGCGCUCGUCUCUUCCCCCCACCCUCCUCUGCAACCGCGCACGGGGCGCCCCGAGAAGCUGUUGGAGCGCGGGCGCCACCUUGUGGUAGCGUAGAAUGGGGUUCUUUCUAUUCUGCCCCCCCCCCCCCGCUUCUCUGCACUGCCAUUCAAAUGGGCGGCUGGAUCCUAACAAAUCAUAGAGAGCAUUGAGAGGGGGGACACCUUGAAAUGUACGCUACCCCGUGUUCAUGCAGAAAUCGCUGGAGGGGGCCUGCAGAGGAACGGAAUUCAGUUUACAGAAGGCUCCUUUUGGGCAUGCCAACAGCAGGGACCACUAGGCUUUUAGCAGACAGAUCCAAAGCAUUUUUAUUCUUGCCGGUAAGAAUAGACGAGCCCCUUCUGGAUCAGGCAAGGGUCCCACCUUGACAGCAACCACUGUGGCUUGUAGGAAGCCCACAAGCAGCACAACCCCCCUCUCCUGCUCUCCUUCAGCGACUAGUAUUUUGGGGAUCUCCUGUAAUGGGUGACCUAAUAGGGCUUACUCUGUCCUACAAGGCUCUGUCCUACAUUCUCCGCAUCAGGGGCACUCUGGUUACCUGCAACUUGGGUGUGUCCCUGAAGCAUGUGCAAGAAAAGCCAAAAAGUGGGAGGGGGCUGUGUAACCUUAGGAUUGCCUUGCCUGGCAGUACUGCGGUGGUGGUUGGUUGGUUUUCCUGCAGUUCUCAUUGAGGUUUAGCGGUUUAGCUUCCUUGAAUAAAAUGCCUUUUGAAACCUGGCUUGAGACCUGUAAAAACAGCGAGUUCUGUCUUCUCCCAUCAGGAGAACGGCCACGUGAAGAUCAACGGGGACGUGUCUCCCAAGGCUGACGGAGAAGCCACCCCGCUCAACGGCAACGGAUCCGCGGAGCCGGUCAAGGAGGAAGCCAAGCUAGAAGCGGGCAGCGGUGAUGCCAUCGAGCCGGCCCCCGUCACCGAAGGCGCUGAAGCCAAGCCAGCAGACGGGGCCACGGAUUCGGCCGCAGCUCCCAAAGAGACCCCCAAGAAGAAGAAGAAGUUCUCUUUUAAGAAGUCUUUCAAGCUGAGCGGCAUCUCCUUCCGGAAGACCAAGAAGGAAGCGGGAGAUGCUUCGGCCGUGUCCUCCCCCAGCGAGGAGCAAGGCAAGGCGGAGGCCAAGGGGGAGGAGAACCUGGCGUGUGCUGCGGGGGAGUCGGAGCAGGAGGCCGCCACCAAAGAGGAGAGCCCCGAAGAGAAGCCGGCCGCCCCAGUUGAGCCGGCUGCUACGGCGGCCGCCCCUGAGGGCCAGCAGGAAGCAGAGAGCAAGAGAGAAGUGGCAAGUGAAGGACCAGAGGAGGAGGAAGAGAAGCAGCAGCAGCAGCCGCCGCCCAGCGAGAGCCAGGAGGACACGAAGCCAGGAGAGACCUCAAAACCAGCAGAGGCGGAGCCCAGUCCUGCACCUGCUGAGCAGAAGGAAGAGUAGAGGCAGCUUAACGAUGUCCACCUAACUUAAAAAAAAAGAAAAAAAGAGACUUAUUUGUGCCAUCCUUCUCAUCCCCAGUAACCCCUUUGGAACUGCUGCCUUGUUCACACAACACACAUACACACCACACACAAUGCCACAAACACAAGUCUCUCGGCGUAGAACUGACAAGCUUUCACUCCAGUGUCCCCCUCCCCCUUUUCUCACUCUUCAUCCAACACAGUUAAGCAAAAAACCAACUUGGAUCCUUGGUGCCCAGCACAGCCACCGCUACCACUCAGGAGUAGGCGUUCUUAAGAUCCUUCUGAAACUCUUAUGGAGGAAAUACUGUUCCUGGAUGCAACUGGAAAUUUGCUCAGUUUAAUGAGACUCCAGAUAUUAACACCGGGUUCUGGUCUCUCUCUGAUCUUCUGUUUCUACUAAUCCUCAAAGCAGCUUUUUCAAAAAGAAAAGGAGUCCAAUAAACCAGCAACUGACCGUUCUUCAAAACGGAUAUUCUCUUUUAUCUCUUCUUGGUUUACAUUCCUGGUUCUGACUUCAUUUAAAAGUAUUUUGUGCUUUUUAUAGAAACCAACAGUUUAAAAGCUAAUCUGGUUAGUUUUUUAUAAUGUCUUGCUCUUGGCUUUAAACUAUAAAGCUUGUAAGUCCACUGUGUUUAAUUUGAAUUCAGAGGGAGAACUUCUUUGGGGUUUAUUUAGGGGGGCACUUGGGUGGGGGGGCAGGGGGUGAGGGAGAGUGCUGGCUGUAUGCUGUGACUUCAGUUUUUUGUUUCAUUGUCUUUGUAAAUAAUUUUUUAAUGACCCAACUUCUGAUCUGCAAUUUUCUAACUCCUAAAUGAAAAAAAAAAGUUGUAUGGGUCUUAUUGUAACAUUUGAAAGGAAUAAAUGGUGACCCCUUUAUGGAUU